UUGAACACCUCUGCUUAAAGCCCAACUCUUCAAUGCCUCCUCGUCUGUCAUCUCAUCGGGCUUUCUCCGUCGUAGUCUGCUCAUUCGCGCAGGCCGGAAGUAGCACUCGCACAUUCUCGGCCUGCUCCAAUGCUUGCAGACAUCCCCCAAACUUUGGACGUUCACCCGGACGAAUAUCUCCUUCCCUUAAUCGUCUCGGCAAGCAGCGUGCAUUCCAUACCUCAUCGUCUUUUUCCGCACCAAAGGAUCCCUAUAAAGUGUUGGGCGUCAAGAAAAAUGCAAACGCGCCUGAGAUCAAGCAGGUAUACUUCUCACUUGCACGGAAAUACCAUCCGGACACAAACCCCGAUAAGGAUGCGCAAAAGAAGUUCGUCGAAAUCCAAGAGGCGUAUGAUAUCCUCAAGGACGAGAAGAAACGUGCUGCUUAUGAUAAAUACGGUCCUGUUUCGCAACAGCCCGGGUUUGAUCCCAACACAUUCGAACGUAGUGCUGGUGGUAGGGGGUUCGGGGCAGGCGGCUUCGGCGGUUUCCAGAACGCGGAAGAUCUCCACAGUUUCUUCGGUUCUGGUAGGACUUCUAGUGGCCAAGCAGACCUCUUUGAGCAAAUUUUCGGUGCAUUUGCCGGUGGGGCAGGACGGACACGCGCAUCCGGGUUCGCGGAGAACAUGCAGGGCAGUGAUUUAGAGGCGACCGUCGGCGUGUCCUUCAUGGACGCUUGUACGGGUACCACACGAAACAUCAUCGUCGAUGCAAUUGUGAACUGCUCCAAAUGUGGCGGGACCGGUCUUAAAGCUGGCGCUAAGCGCCAGACAUGCACGAGCUGCGGCGGUGCAGGUACAACGUCAUACGUGCUGGAUAAUGGUUUCCACAUGGCCACGACAUGUCCAAGCUGCCAUGGCGCCGGGAGCACUGUACCACGAGGAAGUCAAUGUGUGGAGUGCGCAGGCCAUGGGCGAGUCAGAAAGAAGAAACAAGUCAAAGUGGACAUACCAGCAGGUGUGGAAGACGGUAUGACAAUAAGAAUACCGGGCGCGGGCGAUGCCCCGGUAUCUGGCGCAGGCCGCCUUGGUGAUCUACUUGUUAGAGUGAAUGUUGCAACCUCCAAAGAAUUCCGGCGACAAGGAGCCAAUCUGCAUUACGAAGCUCGUAUUCCUUUGCACAUUGCACUGCUAGGAGGGAAAGUCCGUGUUCCAGCCCUUGACGGAGAUGUAGAUGUGCGUGUGCCGCGUGGAACGCAGCACGGAGAGCAAAUGGUGUUAAAGGGCGGCGGAGUUUCCUCCGUCUUCGGUGGCGGCAAAGGGGAUCUGUUCGUGACAUUUUCGGUUCAGCUACCUAGAUCACUAACGCCGCGACAACGAGAAAUCUUGCAGCAAUAUGCAGAUGAUGUGGAAGGUCGGACAAACGCUAGAGAGGAAGCUCCAAGUCAGCCUGCUGCGGAUGCAGGAUCUUCCCAGAGCCAGAAAGAGCCAGAACCUCAGGCCGAACAGGAUAAUGGUACGAGCUUCUCUACUCAUUCCUCUGCAUCCCCAGCUAGCUGGGCGUCUCGUACUUGGAAUCGAUUCAGAGAGCUCAUUGGAUUUUGAUUUGGCCAUGCUUUCACCGCUGUCGUCUUCUUUGGCGCUUUUCAAUCAUCACUACGCGUCCCCUUCGAUCGCGAUGUUUAAGAAGAGGAUCCUGGCUCGGCGCAGAGCGAUGAAGAAGGACAGAGGAAAAAGGCUGCUAGCUAGAUCUACGAUUAGCUUGGGUAUAUCACCUGCGCGGUCGCCGGUCGGAUGUCAAUAUCACGUCGGAUAAUGCAACGUUUUCACUCUAGAUAACAUACUAUGUACGUGUUGCGUCCAUCUAGCAGUAGACGACAGUAGAGCGAUGCCAUCAUUAGUAUCACAACCGUCGAGGGCUGGGCGCUCGCCGUGACCGCCUGACGAGCACUCCUGACGUUACCACCCGGGGAUUCAUUUUAUUGUACCCUCAUAUAUCAAGGGGUUAACGCUUUUAAGGUAGCUGUCAGCAAAUAGCAAAUUUAGU